AUUGUAUUAGGCACGUCCAGGUAAAGUUUUAUAAACAAACUAAAUCAGUUUCAGAAUACGAGAAAAUGGGUGACUCAAGAACACGAAAGAAGGACGGAUCCUUGGUGAGCGAAGGAGUACUGCUGAAAUGGACUGGAGAAGGACGAGGUCUAAUUAAAGAUGAUCUAAACUACUCCCUUGUCCAGUUCUCCGCAAACCAGUUCUUGAACAGGUUGGAGGGAAGAAGGGAGAAUAUAGGUCGCCGUUGUAGAUAUACUCUUCGAACUAUCGGGAAAAACAAACUCGAAGCUUGUAACAUUCGUUUGCUUCCUUCCGGCCGCGGCGUUGAUAAAAGAAAAGGAAACUGCAGUGCCAAACUUUCCGAAGAAACUAAUGAAAACCAAGACCCAUGUGAAGCUGUCUCCAAGCAGAAGGGAACCCCUAAUCAACGAAACCAGUGCUUGUUGGAUUCUGCUGGAACAGAUGCACACUGGGAGGUUGUCACACCUAAGAAAAAAUCUAUUCAUAAACCCUCAGACGACAGGCAUGAACUGAACCAGUUCCUGUGCAAAUAUAGAUUCCUUGGGAAGAUCAGCUCUUACGACAAGAAGAGUAGAUGUGGAACUGUUUCUUCAAACCAGUUGGAGUUUGGAAAACUGAAGUUUGGAGAUGAGUGUAUGACAGGGUUGGGAGGAGGAGUAAUUCAUCCUGGGAGGAAAAUAUUCUUCUUUGUGAACUACAACCCCUUGCCACAGGUGAGGCAAAUGACCUCAGCUUCAGAUGUGAUGACCCCCCAGCGAGUCAGUGGGGUCAUAUCAGCCUGGAACGGAGAAAGUGGAACACUCAAACUUCCUAAAGAUGACGUUCAAGUUCUGGUUCAUGUAAAAGAUGUUUGCUUGGGAAGUGUGACCAGCAUAGCUUCUGGGCUGAAGUUAAACUGUACUCUAAGUAUUAACCCCAGCCACAAACUUCAGGCUAAGGAGAUCAAUCUUUAUACCAAGAGUUUCCGGCCUCGGUCUUUGAACUCUUCUAUUAGUAUUUCUAAAUCACCACCUCAGCCAACUAACCGUCGGCGAUCCUCUUCUCCUGUUCCUCCCAGAUUCAAGAAGCUCUCGAACUCGCAGGAUAAAUACCCGGCAGAUGAAAUGUUGGUGUCCUACAUUGAACCAGAUGUGUGGAGAAAACAAGACUUCCCUUCCAUGAAGGAGAGCUCUGACAAUCUUCAUUUUAAAGAUUCCCAUGAGAAGUUGAAUAUGAUGGAAACUAGUUUAUUUGAGUACAGCAUGGACUUCUAUGAACCUUCCUCAAGCAAGGAUAGAUUGGUUAAUGAGUUGAACAUAUUUGCUCCGGAGUUCGUCCCUGUUACUCUCAUUCAUCCAGGCUUGGAGAGUUCUCUGGUUUUACCAUCUUCUGAGUUCAAUGUAACAACCACACAAUCCAAGCCUUUAUAUCAAAGAAAAUCAAGUAUUUGUGAAGCUCACGAUUAUCCUUCUUGCAAGAGUCUGGUCUCAGAAAGUACGAUUGUCCCUGAAGCACCUACUGCAGAGAAAACCUGUGAAAAAGUUCAAGUUCAGGUUUCAGGGAUAAGAAGCUCUGAGUCUGCUCCAACACAAGAACCACAUAGAACAAAGGCGGUUUAUAAUGAAGGACUUAGAUCAGAGUGGAAAUUAUCAGGGUCCAUUAAAACACAAGGUUUACAGGAAAGGUCACAAUUGUAUCACUCUAAAUCUUCAGAGAGAAAAGUUCUUGGACCUGCUAAAGCACAAAGCUCGGAGAGAAGAACCAUGUUAUCAAUGAAAGGAAAAGUUUCUGAGAUCAAAGGUUCAGGAAAACGAAAGUGUUCGGGUGUUCAUGAGAAGAGGGAUAUGAACAGAAACCUUCUCAGUGUUCCUCUUCAUCUAUCAGAACAUGACAUGACCGUUCUAACUGCAGAAACUAAGGCUAUGUUGAGAAUUAAGGAUGCUGGAAAACCUGGAGGUUCUGGUCCUGGAACCUGUCUCCAGGAAAAGAUAAAGAGCUGUACUGGAGAGAAGGAUCUAAACCUCGUCUUUAAGGAGAUUAAACCUAAGAUAAUAACCCUAACAGAAGAUCCAUCAGGCUGGAGAAUAAUUGCAAAAUUUGUUGCACAGGUUUCUAAACAUUCUCCAAGUCUAGAGCGAAACAUCACACGAAUAUUCUCAACCUCAUUCCCAGAAAUGGUUGGAAGCAAAGGAGGCUGCCUGGUUCUCAAAUCCUGCUUAAAUCUUUUUCAGACUGAGAACAGACAGAUUCUAAGUGAGAAAGUAGCGGAGUUAGAUCCGACCCAGCUGUCCAGGUUCUGGGUUCAUGGAGCAGCUGUCUUCAAUCUAGCACUAGAUUUUCUUGAUGAAAGAAGCGUAGUUCAGAUUAUUGACAACCUGACAGGCCAAUUCCUUUCGUUGUCAAUGCAGAUGAAAAGCUAUAUUGGGAUACAGGGGCUUAUAUGUCGAGCUAGAGGAAUGGAUCUUGUUGAGGAAAUAGUAAAAGAGCUGUAUCCCAAUUUUCCAUCCCUUUCUAUGGACAGGUUUGGAAGCAACGUUUUAAUCGCUAUUAUCGAAUAUGGUUCCAGUGAUACUAGAGAAAAGGUUGUGAACAGUUUAAAAUCCAACCUGGAAGAUCUUGCUGUUCAUCCUAGCGGUCACCGUGUUGUCAUUGCUGCACUCCUUCACUCCUCCUCCGACCUUCAGGAUCUUAUGAUAGAGCAGGUUUGCAGGGAGAAGAACAGUGAUGCAAAUACAGCUCUUGUCAAUCUCUCUCACAGCAAGGAUGGACACAGGGUGGUGAUAACUAUGCUAGAGGUGUCCCAAGGUCGGAGUAGUUUCCAGGAACUGAAGACAAGUUUACUAUUCAAGAAAGAAUCCUUGUACAACGACGAGUACGCUAAAAAGGUUCUCAAUACAACCCGUUUACUUUGAACCAGUUCAGGAGUAUUGGACAGUACAGUGUACACUGAUUUUUAGUUAGAAAGUAACAAUAUUUGUGUGAACAAUAAUGUAAACUAUCAGUGUUACGAUGUACUAGUUCAGAUAGUGGAAUAGUUUUAACUGUUAUAAUUUGUAAGAAGGAUAUAAGUACAUUUUUAUCAUAUGUACUUAUCCUUUAUUGUGCUAAAUACAUGUAAUAGUAAUAUGUAAAGGUUUAAUUCCAUUAAUCCAUUUAAGCUGUAAAUAUUUCGUAAAGGUUCUCAAUAAACCGUUCACUGCGAUCA